AUGGCCUUUUCAGGAAUAUCGAAACGGCUGUCAGCGUCCAACGGCGACGGCCGUAGCCGCGAGCACUUCCAUCCGUCCCCGAUGCAGCAGCAUCUUAUUGCAGCAACCGGGGAGUUUGUCGGCACCUUUUUCUUCCUGUGGUUCGGUUACGCUGGCAGCAUGCAAUACGUGAAGCUGGAGACUCUAUCGCCAUCAUCCGGGGGCAUGCCCGACACGACCGUCUUCUUCCUUGCGCACGUCUACAGCUUCUCGUUGCUGGUCAACGUCUGGGCCUUUUACCGUAUAAGUGGUGGGCUAUUCAAUCCUGCACUCACGCUUGGCAUGUGUUUGGCGGGGACACUGCCCUGGAUGCGAGCCGCCUUUCUCGUCCCGGCACAAAUCAUCGCCAGCAUGUGCGCAGGCGGUCUCGCGAGCGCCAUGUUCCCGGGGGACAUUGCCGCGGCGAACAGUCUUCUCUCAAGCGACACGUCGAUCGCACGAGGCCUCUUCAUCGAGAUGUUCUUCACGGCCUUUCUUGUGUUCGUCGUCUUGAUGCUCGCUGUCGAGCGUUCCAAGGACACUUUUAUCGCUCCCAUUGGGAUCGGGUUGGCGCUCUUCGUCGCCAUGCUGGCGGGGACUUCCUUCACCGGCGCAUCCCUCAAUCCGGUACGCAGCUUCGGGUGUGCCGUUGCAACGCCUCAUUUCCCUGGCUACGAGUGGAUCUAUUGGCUCGGUCCCUUCAUGGGGGCUGUUGUCGCUGCGGGCUUCUACAAGUUUGUCAAGUGGUCGCAUUACGAAGAGGCGAAUCCCCAGCGAGAUGCCACGGACUAUGACCACGGCCAAGAAUCACAACCAGCACAGCACUCUGAGGUGUAA